AUGUCUGGUGGCAUCGCUGCAGGUCGUCUUGCUGAAGAACGGAGAGCAUGGCGCAAAAACCAUCCGUUUGGAUUCAUCGCAAAACCCAUCUCAAAUCCUGAUGGUACUAAAAAUUUGUUCAGUUGGGAUUGUGCAGUUCCGGGCAAAAAAGGAACCAUAUGGGAAGGUGGUCUAUAUAGGGUCAAAAUGCUCUUCAAAGAUGACUACCCUUCCACCCCACCAAAAUGCAAAUUUGACCCUCCUUUGUUUCAUCCUAAUGUUUAUCCUUCGGGAACUAUUUGUUUGUCACUGCUAGAUGAAAGCAAAGACUGGAAACCAUCUGUUAGUGUACGCCAACUUUUGCUUGGUAUUCAAGAUUUAUUAACGAAUCCCAAUAUAGAAGAUCCUGCACAAGCCGAUGCAUAUCAAAUUUAUUCCCAAAAUAGGGGAAAGUGA